UACAGACUGUGCACCGCUAUAAAAAUACCGUGGUGCCCUCGGCAAGGCACUCCAGGGCUCAGCAACAUGGCUCCCAGGCUGGUGAUCCUCCUCGCUCUGUCGUUCGUGGUGCAGAACGCAUACGCGUCACCCCUAUUUUUUGACUCGAUAGGGAAGAUUAUAGACGAUGUGGCGCAGGGUAUUCAUGACGCUAUGGAUGACGUUGCUAAUGGCAUAGACAACAUUGUGCAUGGAGGCACCACCACCACCUCGACUUCUGCACCCACAACUAGUACUACCGUCACAGAGGUCACCAGCACCACUGUCUCUGAUGCCACUACACCCUCUGCAGCCACCACAAGUUCAACCGCAGACGUCACAAGCUCUGCGACAACCCCUGCUGCAACUGCUGCAAGUUCUUCUGCCACCUCUGCGACUACGUCUGAUGCAACUACUGCCACUGAAACUUCAGCUGGUACUACUGCCACAGUUGUAACAAGCUCUGUGACUGCGUCUGAUGCAACUACUGCUACUGAAACUUCAGCUAGUACUACUGCCACAGAUGUAACAAGCUCUGUGACUGCGUCUGAUGCAACUACUGCUACUGAAACUUCAGCUGGUACUACUGUCACAGAUGUAACAAGCUCUGUGACUGCGUCUGAUGCAACUACUGCUACUGAAACUUCAGCUGGUACUACUGCCACAGAUGUAACAAGCUCUGUGACUGCGUCUGAUGCAACUACUGCUACUGAAACGUCAGCUGGUACUACUGCCACAGUUGUAACAAGCUCUGUGACUGCGUCUGAUGCAACUACUGCUACUGAAACUUCAGCUGGUACUACUGCCACAGAUGUAACAAGCUCUGUGACUGCGUCUGAUGCAACUACUGCUACUGAAACUUCAGCUGGUACUACUGCCACAGAUGUAACAAGCUCUGUGACUGCGUCUGAUGCAACUACUGCUACUGAAACUUCAGCUGGUACUACUGCCACAGAUGUAACAAGCUCUGUGACUGCAUCUGAUGCAACUACUGAUGCUCAGACUGCUGCAACUUCUUCAAGUGCUACUGUCUCAGAUGUUACGACUUCUGUAACUGUCUCCGAUGGUACAACCACCGUUGGACUUUCUAAAACUACUGUGCCAGCUGUCUCCAGCACUGCUACCACUGCUGGAACUGCCACAGGCACUACUGCCUCAGAUGUCACCAGCUCGGCUACUGCUUCUGAGUCUGCUACCUCUGCUGAGACCUCAUCAAGCACAGUCUCAGAGGUCACCACCUCGGAUUCUGUCUCUGAAGCCUCUACCUCUGCUGACACCUCAUCAAGUACUGUAGUCUCCGAUGACACCAGCUCGGCUACUGCCUCUGAAGCUACUACCUCUGCUGACACCUCAUCAAGUACCAUCGUUUCAGAUGACACCAGCUCGGUUACUGCCUCUGAAGCCACUACCUCUGCUGACACCUCAUCAAGUACUGUAGUCUCUGAUGUCACCAGCUCGACUACCGCCUCUGACGCCACUACCGCUGCUGACACCUCAUCAAGUACUGUAGUCUCCGAUGACACCAGCUCGGCUACUGCCUCUGAAGCUACUACCUCUGCUGACACCUCAUCAAGUACCAUCGUUUCAGAUGACACCAGCUCGGUUACUGCCUCUGAAGCCACUACCUCUGCUGACACCUCAUCAAGUACUGUAGUCUCUGAUGUCACCAGCUCGGCUACCGCCUCUGACGCCACUACCGCUGCUGACACCUCAUCAAGUACUGUAGUCUCCGAUGACACCAGCUCGGCUACUGCCUCUGAAGCUACUACCUCUGCCGACACCUCAUCAAGUACCAUCGUUUCAGAUGACACCAGCUCGGUUACUGCCUCUGAAGCCACUACCUCUGCUGACACCUCAAGCACUACAGUCUCAGAUGUCACUACCUCUGCAACUACCGCCGCGGAUGCAAGCACUGCCAGCAGCGAUUCAUCUGAUGAUUCUUCGUCGGGACUUGGCGGCUUCUUUGAUGCUAUAAAGAAGGCUAUCGAGAACGCCAAGAAUGUCGCAGAGAACAUAAUCCAGGACAUCGUUGACACUGUAGGAGAUAUAACUGAGGAGAUCGUCGAGAAAGUACAGGACUUUGUAAAUACCACUCAGUCCCAGCUUAAAGACAUCCAGUCAGCUGUCGAAAAUUCGAUCGCCAGCGUGUCUUCAGAGCUGGCGAGCCUCGCGUCUGGGGCCGUGUCGGCCCUGGAGACGGCCGUGGCGGACCUGGGGACGCUGACGCUGAACAACAUCGAGCAGGCCGAGGAGGACAUGGAGGCUGCCAUCAACGCCACGCAGAAGCUCGCGGCCGCCGCCAGCGGCUUCGCUUCCAGCGCCGUCACCGACGUCGUCAGUUCCAUCGAGGGGGCUCUGAACAACACGGAGUCGCUGUUCGACAGUCUCAAGACGAAGCUGAAAAGCAGCAGCAGCAGCUCGUGAGCGACGCAGCCAGAAGCACGAGCGGCAGGCAGUCUUGCGGCGUCCAGCUUGUUACGUCUCCGGAAGCGCCAGUUUCUCCACUAGAAGAACUUGUUGUUGAGCAUGCCGCAGUGAAAUAAAGUGCCGUUCCUAUA